AUGUUCCAUCAUAAUAAUAGAGAAAUAGCAAAGCUCAAAGGCAUCGAUUUGAAUGGAAAAGUCGUGAUCAUAACCGGAGCAAGUGACGGAAUCGGUAAGGAACUUGCUAAAUACAUCUCAUCGUACAAUCCAAAACGUUUGAUCCUUCCUAUUCGUAAUCGGACAAAAGGCCAGGCCACAUUAGAAUAUAUUAAAGAGAAAAACGGUGUUAAUAAUGCUGAGUUAUGGGAUUUGGAUUUAGCUGAUUUGGAUAGCGUUCGUUCUUUUGCGAAACAAGUUGUUAAUGAAAUAGGUCAAGUACAUAUCUUGAUCAAUAAUGCUGGUGUCGCAUUAUAUGACUUAUUAUAUACCAAAGACGGACUUGAGACACAUUUCCAGGUUAAUUAUCUUGGUCACUUCUUGCUUACCAAAACUUUACUCGAUACGUUGAAAGAAUCCGGAACUAAAGAAUUCCCAGCGCGUGUUAUUAAUCUUUCCUCAUUCGAAUCAUUUAAUGGAGUAAUUGAUUAUGAAAAUAUUGACGGAAAGAAGUCGAACAAAACUCUUGAAUUGUAUAGAAAUUCGAAAUUAAUGAACCAUAUGUUUAGCAAUGAGCUUAAUAAGCAUGUCGUUUCGCUCGCGAUGUGCCCAGGAUUUAUCGCCACAACAAUCGGAGAUUUUCCCGGCCUAUUAGGAAAAUGGAAAAACUUUGUCUUUUCAAAUUUUGGUGCAUCAACCGAGACCGCAUCAUACAAUGUAUUGAAACCAUCAUUGUUAGACGAUGUGCAACAAAACGCAGGAAAAUUUUUUAGAAAUGGAAAAAUGGCAAAAGGAAAUCCGCUGACUAACGACGAAAAGUUGAGGACCGAGUUUUGGGAAUAUUCUGAGCGUACCUUGACA